CUCGCUUCGCCCCGCCCCGCGCCGCGCUCGUUUCCGUGGCGACGCGGCGCCAGGCCGGGGCAGCCCGGCCACCGAGUGGGCGUGCAGUGGCAGCUGCUGAGGCAGCGAGAGCUGAGACAUGAGCGUGACGGGGGUCCCGGGCGGGUCUCGCACUUCCAACGCCCCGUUCCUGAGCUCCCGGUCUUCGGCCCGUCCUCGCCAGCGCCCCCCCGCGGUCCCCAUGGGUGUCACGGGGCAGCACGGCUGGCAGCCUGGGACCAGCGGCGAGGCACAGAAGCGGGUCGUGGACCUAGAGAAGAGCCUGCAGUUCCUGCAGCAGCAGCAUUCGGAGACGCUGAUCAAACUCCAUGAAGAGAUCGAACACCUGAAGCGGGAGAACAAGGAUCUCCAUUACAAGCUAAUAAUGAAUCUGAAGCCAUCAAAGAAAGGCAGCCUCUCCAGCUCCAGCAUCCAUUCCGUCAAGUCCUUCUCAAACUCCACAGUGUCAGAGAAGAAACGCCGCCCGGGAGAAGCCCUCGCCAUGCCCCAACCCAACAGACAGGACACAGUCAACGCUCAAGGCAAGGCCAGGCUCCAGCCCAGCUCCACCAAGAAGCAAGACUUGAAAAGCGACACUUGCCAGAAGAUGGACCAAGAGGAGGAGUCCCUGAUUGCGACCUUACUUCAUAAGCUGGACAAAGCCUCUGGGGUACAGGGGCAGGCCAAAGAGGAGGAAGCAGAGGCCUUGAAGCCAGCGGCCACCUCCGGGCUUGGCAACCCACACAAGGGCAAGCCCCCACCGCCGAGCUUGCCCACGCACAUGCGCAAGCCCACCACGCUGCAUCAGUGCGAGGUGGUCAUCCGCCAGCUGUGGAACACCAACCUCCUGCAGGCCCAAGAGCUGCAGCACCUCAAGUCCCUCCUGGAAGGGAACCAGAAGCUCAAAGCUGCCUCUGAGGAGGCUGGGCUGAGUUCUCCCAAGGACCAGGAGGCCCUUCAUCCAGGGGCCACGCAAUUCCCCAAGGUCCCCAACAAGGGCAUUGCUAAGAAAUGCUUGAUUCUGAGCCCCUCGCCCAUGGCGGAACGUGCCAUCCUGCCUGCACUGAGGCAGACCCUCAAGAGUAACUUUGCAGAGCGGCAGAAAAGGCUGCAGGUGGUGCAGAGCCGGCGGCUCCACCGCUCAGUGCUCUAGGCGCUGCCCAGCCCCACCACAUCGCUGCUCUGCAGCCAAGCCCCCCACAUGCAGGCGGCGCUAACCCUCAGCAUUCCAAAAGGAUCUGAAUACCCACCAGCGGGCCCAAGUCUAGAUAAACGAAAACUCAUGGCAUCUAAGUUUCAGCACUGAGGAAUUAUUUUCUUGCUCAUUAUUUUAUUAAUCUGCACUGACACAAAACCACUAUAAUCCGAGUAUUCUCCUACCCUUUGAAGACUAGAAAUAAAGCUGUUUCUCCCAAUUGUGACUCAUUCCUCAUUAGCAGGCACCGGGGCCUUUGCACCUAUAUGUACCCCGUAAUGGGGGGCCUGCCCCCUCCCUUGCCAGCUGUCCUGGAAGAACAGCUCAGGAAGAUUCCAGUAGCUGGGGGCCCCAGCAGGCUUCCUGGCCCGGGCCGGCUUGGCUCCUGUCCAACAGACGCUCCAGGUCAGUGGGUCCCUCUAGGCCUUGCACCACCCCUGUACCCUGCCCUCACGGUGCUGUCCCACAUCUCCUGGGCACGGGUAGCUCAGCCAAUCUCACCUGGCAGCACAGCCCUCAGGCUCCAUGGCUGCUCCCUCGUGGCCUGCUGCCCUUUCCUCGCACCGGAAAUCUGUGGGUAAGCUGAGACCAGGAGCUGACCAGUGUGACGGACAGUGAGGCACCUGAAGCCUCUAGCCCAUGAGGAGCCCAAGGCGCCCUCCAAGGGCUUCGUGCUCCAAGAUGCCCCCUGGACCACCACCAGCAACGGCGAGAAGGCUCCAGACAUGAGCAACUCUGAGAAAUUUCCCAGCUUUGGGGGUGCUCAGGUGGCUCCCUAGACCCUCCUCUGGGGCCUCAAAUGAUAAUAAUCAGAGCGGGACUCAGCCUGCUGACCCCAUCAACUGUUGAUGCCUCUCCCCAAGGUCUCACAGUGAAGGCUCUGGCCUGGGCCUCAGGCCGCUCCAGCCACCUGGCUCUGGGCCGGCUGCACGGUGUGAACGCUAAUGGGCCCAGCCACACCGCCAUGCACACACACUCUCGGCUCCCUGGUUAACCCAGCAUGUAAGGCCCUCCUUAAGGUGGGGGGGCAGGGCGGGGGUGCCGCACUGUGGCUGACUCCACUUCCUGUGUCAUGACCUUAGGAAAUAAAAUUUCUUGACUUUAUAAAAAAACAGUAACAACCCCCCC